AUGAAGACCCAGCAGGAUCUUCAUGUGGCCACUCCAGUGAGGGAGAGCCUUGCCCUGACCAAACUGGCCGGGACCUCUAUUUACCUCAAGCUGGAUUCGUCGCAACCGACAGGAUCCUUUAAGAUCAGGGGCCUCGGUCACCUGUGCAAAACGCUGGCAGAGCGAGGAUAUGAGCGAUUUGUCUGCUGUUCAGGAGGAAAUGCCGGCAUGGCAGCAGCUUAUUCUGCCCGCAAGCUCGGGGUUCCUGCAACUAUCAUUGUCCCAAACGUCACACCGAACAUAACAGUGGAGAAAAUGAGGGACGAGGGAGCCACUGUGAUCAUUCAUGGCAAGAAUGUAGAUGAAGGCAUUGCAUACGGACAGGAGCUUGUGGCAAACAACGCUGGCUGGAUAUACAUCCCUCCCUUUGAUGAUCCCCUCAUCUGGGAAGGCCACACAUCUCUGAGAUCAUCAAAGGAGCUGGAGCACGACCUGAAGGAGAAGCCAGGAGCGAUAGUGCUGUCAGUGGGAGGCGGGGGCCUGCUGAACGGGGUGGUGGAGGGACUGCGUCGCGCCAACUGGGCUGACGUCCCUGUUGUAGCCAUGGAAACCAUGGGUGCACAUAGCCUCCAUGCAGCCAUGGAGGCUGGAGAGCAUGUGACUUUACCUGCAAUUACAAGUGUUGCAACCACACUGGGCGUGGCAAAGGUCUCAGCGCAGACAAUGAAACUGUCACAAGAACACCCGAUUCUGUCAGAAGUAGUCACAGACCAGGAGGCUGUGAAAGCUGUUGAACGCUUUGUGGAUGAUGAGAAGAUCCUGGUGGAGCCUGCCUGUGGUGCUGCUCUGGCAGCGGUGUACAGUGGCAUUAUCACAAGGCUGAGGGAUGAGCGCAAGCUGCCGCAGCACCUGGGCCCUGUGGUCAUUGUGGUGUGUGGCGGCAACAACAUCAGCUUGGAGCAACUGGACAAGUUGAAAAAGCAGCUCGGCAUUAUUUAA